GGGCGAUUUGGUAAAGGGUGACGGGUCAGAGAAGUUGUUUUCGAGAAUCCGAAGGAGGCAUUUUAGUUUUCUUUUUAAUUAUCUGGGUUUUUCGGAAGACGUCAGAAGAUUAAGGCACUGUAAUUGCACAGCUUGUCUUUUUCAUAUUUAUCGUCCGUGAAGGAUAUUCUGAGACAACAGGCAUGAACUCCCUUCUGGCCUCUACACACUCCCUCCUGGAGAUGUUUGAUGGAAAGCUACAGGAAUUUGCCAGCAAUGUGGAUAGCACUCAUAUGGUGUGGCUGGAGGAAAUCCAGCAGGAGGCCAACCGCAUGUUCUCUAGUGAUUUCAAUGCUGAACCUGAGUUGAUGCCAAAGACUCCUUCCCAGAAGAAAAAAAGUCGGAGGAAGCGAAUUUCUGUCGGUCACAAUGAAAAUCGCGGCAUGCAACGCUUCUCCAAGGGCAAGCGGAGUAACCUUCGGACCUCUUCAGUGCAGACUCUGAAGCCCAUUUCUGAGAACAUUGAUGACCUAGGUGCCAGGUCUCUGCAGGAGAAAACUGCAGAGGAGAAGCUGCCUAAGCGUAACACCCGUCAGAACAACAGGCAGAAGCAGACUGCAGAGAUGGAGCCAGGGGAGAUGGAGACUCCCAGGUGCAGCUUGCGCAAACCCCCCCAGAUCCCUUGCCUGGAACAGACAGAAGAUGGGGCUGAUCAUCUCCAGAGGGAUAGCCUGGGCCAGGCACGGGCAUACCUAGAUGCCCAGAAUCUGGAGGGCAUGAGCCAGCAGGAGGCACCAGUGGCGGAGUUGACCAGCUUUGCCCCUCAACCUCAGAGCAUGCUUGACACUGCCCCAGAAAAAUUGGUGCCAGUGGUAAGGAUAUCUGCUGCUGAGCGUGUCUCUGCAGAUAUUCAGGAAAAUGUGUCCUCCCACUGCCGCACUGCCAGUAAGCUGGCCAUUUCCAAGCCCCUGGAGACCCCUGCGGCGACCCACAACCCCCGCCGCUCCUCCAUUCACCGCUCGCUCACACUUCGCCGCUCCCUUGCCGGGCUGCGGCACAGCAUGACACAGGAGUCUGUUCGUAGGGCCUCCCGGCGCUCCUUCCUCAAGAAGAAAGCCCGUAUGAGCAGCUCCACCUGCAGCAGCAGUGCCAGUGGUGUGUGUGUAGAAAUGGAUGAAGAAAAGGCUGAAGGAAUGAAUAAUGUGCUAGAGCGACCAGCAGAGAGUGAAACAGAUCUUGUGGAACAAAGGGUUGGGGACAACAUGACAAGUGAGACCAGCGAUUCUGAGGGCAUUCGACGUGUUACCCGGUCAAUGGCUCAGACCAUUCCCACCCCACCACACAGUACCAAGAAAAGCAGCGAGUCCAGCACGUCCCUGGAAUUAGAUGACGGUGGAAAGAAACCAGUGGAGAUGUCCUCUAGUCUGAGGUCACGCCCGAGUGUCAAACGCAGAGCAGCUGAGGCUGCAGAGGAGCCAUCUAGCCCGAGGAAGAAGUUGACUCCCCCCAAAAAGAGCCAAAGUGCAAUCAGGCCCAACAUGAAAUCAUUUCUUCACACUGUGCAGAAGAAUCAGCUACUGAUGAUGACUCCAGGAUCAUUGAGUCGUAACACUGUUGUCAAAUCUUUCAUCAAACAUACCACCCCUCUAAGAGUGGACCUCAAGCCAGGUGGCGGUUUGGUGGAACGGGAAAGGUUGCGUCUGGAGGCUGCCAAGAAAAAACAGGAGCAGGAAAUUGAGAGAAAGAAGAAACUGGAGGAAGAGAAGAGGAAGAAACAGGAAGAGAUGAAAAGGAAGAGAGAUGAGCGCCUGCGGAAAGUAGUGGAGGCACGAGUGAAGGAGGAACAGAGAGAAGAGGAAAAGAAGAAGAAGAUUGAACAGAAGAUGGCUUAUAUUGAAGAGAAAAAUGAUAAGUUGCGUGUGGAGCGUCUGGCUGAGGAGAAGGCCAAGAAGAAAGUUGCCUCCAAACGGCAGGAAGAGCUUGAGCAGAGGAAGAGGCAAGAGGAAGAGGCCAGGAGGAGGAAAAUCUUGCAAGCUGAGGAGGAGAAAAAGCAGCAGGAAUUGCUAAUGAAGAGGCGGGCAGAGGAGGAGCAGGAACGAGCCCGAAGGUUAGCUGAAGCCCAUCGUGCUCUAGAACUUAAGAAAGAGCAGGAGCGAGAGAGGGAGCAAGAGCAACAGAGAGAACUGCUACGACAGCAGCAGGCAGCUGCACAAAGGGAGCAAGUAGAGCGGGAGAAGGCUCUAGCUCUGCAGCGGGAGCUGGAGAAGGCCGCCCGGGAGAAAGAGCAGAAGGAGGCAGAGGAAAGGAAGAUAAAUGAGGAAAGACAGAAGCAGGUUGAGCAGGAGAGGGCUGCAGCUGUUACAGCUGCUGCGAGAAAUGUUGUGACUGUGGAGAUCCAGAAAUCCAUCAUGAAGACUCCUGUGGGGAAGGCUGGAGGACUCAAUUUGACUAUGGAUAUCGAGACGUCCAUGAAAACUCCUGUGGGGAAGGCUACAGGACUCAAUGUGACUAUGGAUGUUGAGAGGUCUUCUCCACAGUCAUAUGAAAUCACUCCAAAAGGGGGUAACAAGCCUCUGCCUGUCAGUGCUAACCCAGAGGACUACGGAAUGGACCAGAACAGCGACGAUUCUACUGAUGAUGAAUCUGCACCCCGAAAACCAAUCCCAUCUUGGGCAGAGGGCCGGCAGCUCCAGCAAGCUAUGCUGAAUCAGUAUUUCAACCCGGUGGAUGUGGACUCGUACUUUGGGGAGAUUGAGGAGCCAAAACUGGAGCAGAUCUUCAAUAAGAGCAAGCCCCGUUACUUCAAACGCACCAGCUCAGCUGUGUGGCAGUCUCCCCCACGAGUGGGCCAUACUGCCUAUUGAAGACUGCCUUACAGUCUUACUGUUGCCAAUCUGCUUUUCAUUCUUUAAAAAAAAAAAAAUUUUAUAAGGUUUGUUUUGAUAAUUACUAAUCAUUUGAAUAAAGUUUUUUUUUUUUUUUUUUUUUUUUAAAUAUAUAAUUCAGACUUUGGUUUUAAUGUUCCUUUUGCUCAAAACAAAUGCAAGCAGGAAAAAGUGAAUCUGAUUCCUGUACUUUCCACAAAAGAAAUAAAAGGUUGCCACAAUGAAAAAUCCAGA